GUCCUUGAAGCAGAAGAAAAACAACAAGAUCACUGCACCUGGCCACCACCAAGAGUGAGAGCCAGCAAGGAACAAUACGCUAUGUGAGCCUUGAUUCAAAACAUACCUGAUUCAAACACAGGUCUUAGAAGAGCACUCGAGCUCAUGAACAUCAGAAGGUGAGGUCUGCUCGCAAGGCAGACAACUGGGAUCCGAAGGCUGCCAUCAGAAGCUGAAAAAUGUAGCUGGUCUCUUCACUUGUGGAGGCUGCUGGUCCCGGCCUCCCGUUCGGGAGGAUGGAGGCAGGGCGGCAGAGUCCGUCCCUGCAGCCGUCCCCACCUUUGCUGGGCGAGUGGCUUCUCUGUCAAACCGCCUGCAAGAGGAGGAGGGCGGCAGAGCGGAGGUCUACCGAGAGCUGGAGAGAGUCCUGCAGGGCGACGACGGCCGCGUGCAGAGCGCUGUCCUGGCCAGAGUGAUCGCAGCGGCCUCGAGGGACAUGAGAGCGGCGCAGGGCGUGACGGAGCAGGUGCGGACGGCCGCCAGCGACGUCCUGGUGGCUCUGGCCCGCUGCCACUUCGACAGCGUCAUGUGCGAGCUGCAGUGCCGCCUGAGGGCCCUGGGAGAGAUCUCCGAGGACCUCGUGUUCGUCACCUUGGGCAAGCUGGCCAGCAGCUACGCCCUGCGGUGCGUCCCCUUCGUGGGCAUGACGCUCUUCGCCCUGCGCACGAUGCUGAGCCAGGUGGGGAGCAGCCGGACCCUGCGCGCCGUCUGCAGCGUCCUGGAGCAGUGGUCGAAGGCCGUGAACAGCUACCUGGGCGCCUGGGAGCAGUGCAGCUUCCCGCGCGUGGGGCAGGCCCAGCUCUGCAGCAGCAUUUCCCCGCUCUUCGGCCACGCGGUGGGGAGCUGGCUGGGCUGCGAGGAGGAGGAGGCCAAGCAGGCCGUCCUGGGGGCGAUGGCUGCCAUGAUGGGCCUCCUCGUGCGCGAGGAAGAGCACCGCGAGCGCGUGUGGGAGCAGCUCCCCUGGCUCCUGGGCCAGUACCAGCAGGUCCAGGACUCUUUCCGGGUGACCAAGGCUCUGAGUUAUUUCCUGGCGGUUUUGGGGGAAGUGCAGAUCCCCAUCCCCCAGGACGAGGUUGAGGCCAUCGGCACCGCUGUGCACCGCCAGCUCAGUGACGGGAGCAAGCAGCACAGCGGGGAGCACCGGUCGGAGCUGUCCUCCUGCGUCCUGCUGCUGGCCCGAGUUUGCCCUGAGGACACGGUGGCCUUUCUGCGCUCGCAGCUGGGGAGUCGGAGCGAGGCCGCGCGCGUGGUGUCCUUGGAUCUGCUCGGAGCCCUGGUGCGCCCCACAGCAGAGAGAGGCCAGAGCCUGCCCCUGCUCGUGCAGGCGGUGCGCUGCGCGCUGGGAGACCCCAGCAGGAAGGUGGCGAGGGCAGCGCUGCGCUUCACCAAGGAGCUGCUGGGCUGCAGCGUCCAGAGCUGCUCGGCCUGGGACCUGGUGGCCCACGUCUUCGCCACGUUCAGCCAGGCCUCCGGCAGACUGGCGCAGGGAAAGCUGUCUGAGGCAGAAGCGCAGGAAGCAGCAGAUCUUCAAGCCCUGUGCUUGGACAUCCUGCGCUCCCUGGACGUCUCCGUCCGGGGGAUGACCAAACUCCUGUGGCCGCGGCUGCUGCAGUACGUGGUGCCAGCCCAGUACACCGGCACGUUGGUGCCGCUCUGCCGGUGCCUGCGAGAGCUGGCCGAGAGCCGGGGGAGAGCAGGGGGCGAGGACGGAGAGGAGGAGCCCAACGUCGCGGCCUCCCGGCAGCGAGCCAAGCUGCCGAGGCCGCAGGCCCUGCUGGCUCGCCUGCUGGUGGUGGCGGCGGCUCCUCACGCCGGCGGCGGCUGCGGCGUCGCUGCCCUGCGGCUGCUGCGGGCCCUGUCCGCAGAGAUCCACGGCGCCCUGGGGAUGGUGUGGGCCGUGAAGAUCCCCUUCCUGCUGCAGUGCCUGGAAGGGCAAAGCGAGAGCUGCCUGGACUCUGCCGAGUGGGAGCAGCUCCUGCUCAAGUUCCUGAGGACGUCGCUGGAGACGAUCGAGAGCCAGGCCUGGACCGUGGGCCUGAGCGUGGAGCUGAGCCAGCAGACGGGCAGCUACCCCCGGCCGUCCCGGGAGCAGGCCUUCCUGUAUAAAGCUGUCGGGGUGUCCCUGGCAGCGUGUCGGCACGUCCCCUACGUCCGCGGGGAAAUGAAGAAGUAUCUGUUAAGGAUGAAUUACUUGGAGGUGUCUGAGAGAGAGGCGAUGAUUUCGGUUGUGGCCGGCUCUGCCGAGAGCCACUUCCACCUUGCCUUGGAGGUGCUGCAGGAGUUUGGGGCGUCCAUGGAGGAAAGACCAGUGUCCGGGGCUUUCAAACGCCUGAAGGAAUACCACCAGGGGAAGAGAGCGGGGAGGCACGCGGCCCUCGUGCUGGCCUACGGCCGGAUCGCGCUC